AUGGCACAACCUACGCAAAGAGCUCACCAAGAGCCUUCGGAUCUGCUCGCCUUCGACGACCUAGGCUUGGACAGCCUGGGAUUCGACGAGCUAUUUUGGCCGAUGGAUUAUAACGCAACCAGCACGCUCGAUCAUGUCCUCGACCAGGUCGUAUGCUCAGAGCACUUGGAACAGCAGCUCGGUGAAGAAGAAGCGGCGGUUCGCUCUUCGAUGCAUUGGCAAGACUCACCUCCACAGCCACGACGCACUCCGGUGAAUGGCUCCAUGGGUCCACUUGAGAUCCUGAUCCGCGAGGAGAAUAGCCAGACUCAAAGAAAGUUAGAGCGCAUGCUCUCCAGACUCGGCUGCAGAGCGAUAGUAGCAGGAACAGACCAAAGAGCGCUGCAAUACCUCUCAAAUGGCAUCAACUUUGAUCUUAUCUUCGUUGGGCUCGAAAGUCCGAGUAAUACUCUCGUUCAAGACAUACGAGCCGCGUGUUCUAGCGACUUGGAAGUGCCGAUCUUGGCCAUCACUGCGGGCUUGCAAGGCAUCGAAGAACUGAGGGAAUUCGACUUGGUACUGGAGUUGCCCCUGAAUAAAGACAAAUUGGAAGAUGCGAUCAAUAUCUUCUAUCCGCGCGGGCAAUCAUUUCAGUUGGCUUCCAAUGAUGAUCCAGAGAGUGACUGCUCGUGGACCGCGGCCGACGAUGAUGAAGAAUGGCAGUUCUCAUUCAAGGGGCAUCUGAGGCGGUUUCAAGCACAGAACGAACGCGUGUCUUUGAUGACUCCACCACUGCUUUCGAAACAACGCCGCAAGAUUCACGCCAUGGCACAUCUGUACAGACUGAGCCAUACAAGUCUUGGAUGUGGGAGAUACAAACGAGUCUUGAUUCUAAAGUGUCGGCUCUUGAAGCCGUCCACUGUUUUGAAUCACUGGAAUCCAGGACGCAAGCAGUGGGCAGAGGGUGUCGUAGACCCAAGGAUCAUCGCAUUUCAUGGAGACGCCGGGGACACAUCUAGCGAAGCACUUGCAACGUGGCUACAACAAGCAGGCUUACCGGCUCCAGUUCUUGUACAUCGUGAUGAACAUGAGACAGAGGCGGCCAGAAACUCCAUACACUUAUUUUUCGAGCAGCCGGCCGACGCUGCAGUCGUCCUCGAAGCAGUACAUGGGACCACACCCUCGUGGAGUGUCUCCACAAUAACAUGCGACUACACAGUAUUCAAGGACUGCUUCUGGUCUCCCUGGCAAAGUCCAGCCAACUUCGAUGCCGUUCUAGCCCAGAAGAUGGAUGUCACAAGUACAGUCGAUUCCACAAGAAGGCCAAAACUUGAAAGCCGGACUCCAAGCAUAUUCACUCCAUCCGAAGACGAGGCGAUCUCUGACUCUGAGUACUCAGACAUCAACACCUAUGCCACCAGUACCAACAGUAGCCGCUACUCCGCGCCAACGACCAACCCUUCGACUGCUUCUUUCCUCACCCACGCUACAUCAUCAGCGUCUCGCUCACAUAAAGGCAGACACAAAAAAGCCGACUCCACGUCCCUGCACAGCUUCGCAGCAACAGCUUCCUCCCUCCCAACGAUCGCAGACGAACAGCCAUCCGACACCGACACCAACACCAUCGCCUCAACCUCACAAACGACGAGUCGGAAACGUCGCCUCCCAUACUCACUCUCAGGCUAUCAAUGCUCUCACCCCUCCUGCACAAAGACCUUCGACCACGCAGGCGACUGUCGUAAACACGAGAAGAUUCAUGAAGAUCGCUCGCAUAUCUGUGAGAUCUGUGGCAAGACAUUCCUGUAUCCUAAGGAUGUGAGACGGCAUUGUCAGAAUGUACAUAAGUGGAAAGAGUCGUUUAUGGCGCAGAGGGCGGAGAGGAAAGUGCGGCCUUGUUGA